AUGUUAGCUAGUCAUGUAGCGGUCCCUCUUGGUCUUCUCCACAUGAGAAAGCUUCAGAGGCGGUUCGGUCACAUUCGCCUCAACCCCGUGUGGCACAAGAGAUAUCCUCACAUCCCACUGAAGGAGAGAGUGAGAAUUGCUCAAAAUUGGUGUGAUGGGAUCUGCAAAAGAGCAGUUCUUCUCAAAUGGAGAACAAAACUGUUACCAUGGCUGCAGUUGGAACGGGACGUACUGUUUCUGUCUCAGGCUGCUAAUAUUGAAGCAUACUAUCUACACCAAGACUCGGGGCGUCUUCAGCGUAACCCGUUUGCAAUCUACUCAGGCCACAGUGGUGAUGUGUGUCACUUCGUGCUAACGGACUUGCACCUGAUCAGCGGUGGAAGUGAUGGCAAGAUUCUGGUCCACAGCAGGAUGAGUGACAUGGCAGUGGCGUUAUCAGGUCAUAAUCAGGAAGUCAACUGCCUGGACUCUAAAGAUGGACUCAUCAUCAGUGGAUCCAGAGACAGAACAGUCCGGGUUUGGACUUUAACUUCCAGCUACCCCAGAGACACAAUUCCCCUGUAUGACAGAGUGUGGUCUGUUGCAAUUAGUCCCACACGAAGCUCCUUUGUAACAGGAACUGCAUGCUGCAAGAACUUCUCCCCUCUUCGCAUCUGGGAUGUGGAACGGUUGGAGUGUGUGUGCAGUCUGGGCUCAGAGUUUCGCCGUGGGGCCGGUGUGUUGGACAUGGUGUUUGAGUCUCCAUUCCAGCUCUUUACCUGUGGCUAUGAUACCUUCAUUCGACUGUGGGACCUCCGACUCAGCCCACGGAAGUGUGUGAUGGAGUGGGAGGAGCCUCAUGACAGUGCUCUGUACUGCAUCCAGACGGAUGGAAAUCAUAUGAUAGCCAGCGGUUCGUCGUACUAUGGUGUUGUACGACUCUGGGACAGAAGGCAAACAAAAUGCCUGCAGUUCUUCCAGCUGAGCUCGGACCCAGUGAGCAGUCCUGUAUACUGCCUAAGAUUCAGCAGCUCUCACCUGUACGCAGCCCUGGCCACCACCCUGCACUCCCUGGACUUCAGACAGAACCCCUUCUACAUCAGAUGAUACACACACAGUCCAAAUCUUUCAUUUCAAUAAAGCUGUCUAUUUUCAAAAUAAA